UAAGCUCGCUUAGUUUAGCUUAUUUAUGUGCAAGUUGUGUCGAUACGAGGCUAGUAGCGUUCUGAUUGUCAAGUGAACAUGAUUCUGUUAAUGUUAAUAACUAGUCUGUUGGUGGCGAGUAGCGAGGCAGUAUCCAAGCCAGGAGUGGCGCCUCUCAUCGAGCUGAAUGAUGGCCAUACCAUCCCCAGCCUUGGACUGGGCACUUGGCUUGGCUUCACCAAAGAAGGUGGUAGGGCCCCGGUAGAAGAUGACUCUGUUCAGAAGGCGGUGGAACUCGCCAUAGACGUGGGCUACAGACACAUCGACACGGCAGCUAUAUACAGCACUGAAGAACAGGUGGGAGCUGCGAUCAAGAAGAAGAUAGCGGAAGGCGUUGUGGCACGCGAGGAUCUCUUCAUAACCAGUAAGCUGUGGAACGACCGUCACGCUCCUGAGGCGGUGGUGCCGGCGCUGAGGGAGAGCUUGGCGCGGCUGCAGCUCGACUACCUCGACCUGUUCCUCAUACACUGGCCUGUGGGACAGUUUGAAAACGGUACAUUCGAUUCGACAGACUACGCAGAGACGUGGAAGGGUAUGAUCGACGCGAAGAACCGCGGACUGGUGAAGUCCAUCGGAGUGUCCAACUUCAACAUCACGCAGCUGCAGCGGCUCCUGUCCAUGACGCCCGUCAAGCCGGCUGUGCUGCAGGUUGAGGUAAACUUAAACCUCCAACAAUCGCAGCUGAUAGAAUUCUGCAAGAUGCAGAACAUAGCGGUGGUAGGGUACACUCCCUUCGGCUCCCUGUUCCACAGCAAGGCUGCGCCGGAUGCUCCCCCUCCCAGAACGGAUGAACAGGCUCUGCUGAGGAUCGCUGACAAAUACCACAAGAGUGUUGCUCAAGUUGCUUUGAGAUAUCUGAUUGAACUGGGCGUCAUCCCAAUACCGAAGUCGGUGACGCCAAAACGCAUUCGUGACAACAUUGAAGUGUUCGACUUCCAGCUGAAGAGACAGGAGAGAGAGGUCAUGAAGUCAUAUGACAGGAACUACAGGACUAUCGCUGUUACUAUGUGGAAGGACUCACCUUAUUAUCCCUUUUAAAUAAAUGCCUUGCGUCCACAAA